AUGGACAUCGAUAUUCCCAUCGGCCCCUGGAUUGCGGCCGUCGUCGACUAUCUUCAGGAGCAUGCCGCCGGUGCCUUCGACGGCAUCUCCUACUUCAUCGGCGCCCUGGUGGAGGGCAUCGAGGACGCGCUGAUCUGGGUGCCGCCCUGGAUCAUCGCCCUCGCGCUGGUCGGUAUCGCCACCUGGCGGGUCGGCUGGCGCUUCGGGCUGUUCGCCCUGGCCUCGAUGAUCCUGCUCUUCGGCAUGGAUCUCUGGCGCGAGACCAUGCAGACCUUCGCGCUGAUCGCCUCCUCCACCGUGGUCAGCCUGGCGAUCGGCAUUCCGCUGGGAAUCUGGGCCUCGCGCAGCGACAAGGUGGAGACGGCCGUGCGCCCGAUCCUCGACCUGAUGCAGACGCUGCCGCCCUUCGUCUACCUGAUCCCGGCGGCGAUGUUCUUCGGGAUCGGCAAGGUGCCGGGCGCGCUGGCCACGAUCAUCUUCUCGAUGCCGCCGGCGGUCCGCCUGACCAACCUGGGCAUCCGCCAGGUCCCGAAGGAGAUCGUCGAGGCCGGGCUGGCCUUCGGCUGCACCGACCGCCAGCUCCUGCUGCGCGUGCAGGUCCCCAACGCGAUGCCCUCGAUCAUGGCCGGCGUCAACCAGACCAUCAUGCUGGCCCUGUCGAUGGUCGUCAUCGCCUCGAUGAUCGGCGCCGGCGGGCUGGGCAACACGGUGCUGACCGGCAUUCAGCGCCUCGACGUCGGCCUCGGUUUCGAAGGCGGCCUCGGCGUGGUGAUCCUCGCGGUCCUGCUCGACCGCGUGAUGCAGAGCUUCGGCCGGAACCGCGGCGAGACGGUCAAUCCCCUCGGUCGCCUGCGCGCGCUGAUCUCGCGGCCAGACACCGACGGCGAGCGAACCGCCUCCGGCCGCGUCGCCCGCUCGGCGGGGGAUUAG